AUGAAUUUUAGUAACUCUAGCUAUUCUAUACUUUUGAAGCAAGUUAAUUCUUUAGAAUCUAAUAUAAAAAGUGGGGGUAAUUUCAAUUACGGAGAACAUAUUAAGUUUACUUAUAAUAUAACCCCUCCUCGUAAAGGUAUAAAUAUAUGUUUUGGAUUUGGUAAUGUUUUAGCUAUAUCAAAGGAGAAAAUAGGUCUAUUUUGUUUAUAUGAUACCUCACUGAAAGAUUCAAUUGAAUCCUUGGCUGUUGACUCAAUUCAAAAAUUACAGGAUACCUCUUGGUAUGAGUCAAAAACAUCGGAUCUAUCUAUCUAUUACAAGUACUUGGAAGAAUUACUAUCAAAAAUAAAUGAGAAAUUAUCACCUGAAACACUUCCAGUUGAGCAGUUUCGGCAUAAUUGUUACGUCAAACUGUUAAUGAUGUAUAUAGAUAAGAAACAUCUUCCUAAUAGUCCGAGUGAGUACCAAGUAUUAUUCAAUAAAUUGACUAAAUCAAAUACAGAAAAUAUAUGGAUAUGUGUUUGUCAUGCAAAUGGAAAAUCUGUGGACCUUAUUUCUGAAAGAUCGAAACUUGGAUUCAAGUGUGCUACAGCUGGUGUAGUAAAUACUAUUAGGUCUAUUUCCGAAAAUUAUCCAAACUCAUACUUACUGUGGAUUGAUAAAUUUGCUCUUAGUGGUCUUUGUGGUGAAAAGGAGUUAAGUCAAUGCUAUUUUGAUUUUGUCAACAAUAAAGAACAAUUUUUAAAUGUUUUACAUCCACAAACUCUAAAUUGUUCCUGUUUCAGUGAUAUUUUAGAUAUGCUAUAUUUGUGUUCAGCACAACGCCUGGAUCACUUUAAAAUCAGUUUAUAUAUGCUUGAGCUAUGGCCAUUUUAUGUAUAUACACUAGUUUCAACUUUAGGUACUUCUCAUAUAGGUUCUAGAAAAUGGCUCUCUAUGUUGGCCCAAUCCUUCCAAGAUGAAAUUGUAGCUUGUAAAUCCAAACUUUCUCUACACGAAAAAAUAUUUGGAUUUCAAUUCUGUCAAAUACUAUUAACACAGCUUAAAGAGCUUCCAAUAGGUAUAGAUGUUAGGAAUAUACUUCAGUAUGUCCAUCUUAUGGACAUUUCAAAAGCUAUAAUUACAAGCACAAACAAAAUCAAAACAUUUCAAUAUAAUGUGAACUCCUUAUUUCAUAGAUAUUUAUAUAUUAAUUUAAUUGCAUCUGAUAUUGGUUGCUACAAAGCAGCUUUAAAAUAUUUGGAUAUUAUUACUGAAGAAUCAUUAAACUUAAAUAUAGAAGAUUCUUCCUCUUUAAACAAUUCACGACGGUAUAUUCAAGACUUGAAAAAUCGUAUAAUAAAAGGGAGGUUUGAAUAUAAUAGAAAAGUAUCAGAUACAAAUUUUGAUGAAAAUGGUAUAUAUACCAAACAAACAAAUUCAAACAGUAGGUUUCCUAAUAGUGAUAAAACAAAUAAUAACAGUAGUAAAUCAUCAUGGUUAGUUGAAUGGGUAUCAAGUAGUUUCAAAAAAGCCCUUGGAACUGAAGAGGAAAGAUGGCCAGGGGUUGAAAAUACUUUUUAUUAUGAUAAAGAGUUGAAACAAUGGUGUCAGAGAGGUGUACAGGUCAGUGAAUUAAAUCAGCAAUCUGUAGAUACAGUUACAAACAGCCAAAAAUUACCAAACAUACCCCCACCUGCUUUAGUAGGUACAUCUCGAUCAGCACAUACAUCAAAUAUAAGUAGCAUUACUGGUGUUAGAUCUCGUUAUGUUGAUGUGUUGCAUAGUCAACAAAACAAAUAG